AUGGAGACGGUACCCGCAGGACAGACUCCCACCACGCCACGGAAAAAGAUGACAAAACAGCUGACGGGCAAACGAGACGACACCCCGUUGCAUUCAGCGGCCAGAGCUGGAAAUAUUGUAGCUAUAAGGGAAAUAAUAAAUGAUGCCGGUGAUGAGGCAGAGCUGAUGGAGAUUUUGUCGAGAGAAAACUCGGCUGGGGAGACCGCAUUGUAUGUGGCUGCCGAGUACGGAUACUUUGAGGUCGUGAGAGAGAUGAUUAAGUACUACGAUCUGUCGGCCGCUGGGAUUAAGGCUAGAAAUGGGUUUGAUGCCCUUCACAUUGCUGCAAAACAAGGGGAUCUUGAAGUAGUGAAGGUGCUAAUGGAGGCCCACCCGGAGCUGUCGAUGACGGUGGACAUAGCCAACACAACGGCCCUACACACGGCGGCCACCCAAGGGCGGAUAGAAGUGGUGAACUACUUUCUGGAGUGGGAGAGCAGCCUGGCAACAAUCGGCAGAAGCAACGGCAAAACGGCCCUCCACUCAGGGGCAAGAAACGGGCACGUGGAGGUCGUGCGGGCCCUCCUGGCUAAGGACCCCAGGCUGUCGACACGGGUGGACAAGAAGGGUCAGACGGCACUUCACAUGGCCGUCAAGGGCCAGAAUCUCGAGGUCGUGGCCGACCUCAUUGAAGCCGACCCUUCCACCGUCAACAUGGUCGACGCCAAGGGCAACACUCCAUUACACAUUGCCUCUCGCAAAGGGAGGGCUCAGGUAGUGAAGAUGCUUCUUGCUCAGCCUGGAAUCGACACGCGAGCUGUGAACCGUUCGAACGAGACUGCUCUGGACACGGCCGAGGCUCUGGGGCACCCAGAGAUAACAUCUAUCCUCCACGAGCACGGUGUGGUGAGCGCCCGAGCCAUCAACCCCCAAGCCUCCACCAACCCGGCACGCGAACUCAAACAGACCGUAAGCGACAUCAAGCACGAGGUCCACAACCAACUGGAGCACACUCGCCAGACGCGCAAAAGAGUCCAAGGCAUCGCCAAGCGCAUCAACAAGAUGCACACUGAGGGACUCAACAACGCCAUCAACUCCACCACUGUGGUCGCCGUCCUCAUUGCCACCGUGGCCUUCGCGGCCAUCUUCACCGUCCCCGGGCAGUACGUUGAUGACGUGGACAACAUCCCACCCGGGCAGUCCUUAGGGGCCGCCAACAUUGCCUCGCAGGCUUCGUUCCUAAUAUUCUUCGUGUUUGACUCGGUUGCGCUCUUUAUCUCGUUGGCGGUCGUCGUGGUGCAGACGUCGGUGGUGGUAAUCGAGAGCAAGGCGAAGAAGCAAAUGAUGGCUGUAAUAAACAAGCUGAUGUGGCUGGCGUGCGUGCUUGUGUCGGUGGCGUACCUAGCGUUGGCGUUCGUGGUGGUGGGGCAGCGGGAGACGUGGUUGGCUGUCAUGGUGACCGUGAUAGGAACCACGAUACUCGCGACGACCUUGGGGACGAUGUGUUAUUGGGUGGUGAUGCACAGGAUCGAGUCCAAGAGCAAGAGGAUCAUACGGAAGAACUCGCGGGCGAGCAGGUCCUUAUCGGCGUCUGUUUCAGUGCCAUCCGAGCUUGAGGAUUUGGACAAUGAUUACAAGAGAAUGUAUGCUAUUUAG